GAACGGGAUGCUGCAGUUCAGUUUCAGCUGUUGAAGAGAACGUUUCUCAAAGGAACAAAACCAAGUUUUUAGGAAGGCAAGGAGAAAGGAUUGGAAGACAACCAAGGGAUACAGAAGUGUGGAAAGUGGAAGUGAAAUUGAAGACCAAGAUUGAAGCAUAACAUAAGGCGAAGGUCAACCGAAAAGAGAAUUUAAAUUAUAGCGCGGAGUGAAAGAAGACCUCAGAAAGACUACCGUACUUAAUCGUACAGGCGUAUAAGAAGAUCCCCCGGUGACGCGAGGAGGCAAACGAUCGGUGACGUGUCCAAACUAUUGGCAUAACAACAGCAAACAGUUCACGCCCCACUCUUCAAGAUGAUGUCCAGAAAGCUGGUUGAAGAAUCACGCGACGCCGGAUUUCGUGACGUACCGGAUCACUACAAGAUAAGCAACUACGGCUAUGGCAAGGACAGCGUUAAGGUGUUGCACGUAAUGCGCAACGGGUUGGUUCACAGUAUUAAGGAGUUCGAGGUCGGAACCAAGUUGAAGCUGGCCAGCCAGAAGGAUUACCUGCAAGGUGACAACAGCGACAUUGUCGCUACGGACUCUCAGAAGAACACGGUAUAUUUGUUGGCACGCAAGCAUGGAUUGAAAUCACCGGAAGAGUUUGGAAUUCUGCUGUGCGAUCACUUCUUGAACAAAUACUCCCACGUCAACGAAGUUUCCAUUCACAUCGAUGAGUAUCCUUGGUCACGAAUGGGCUUCGGCAAGGGACCCUACCAGGAUCUACACAACCACGCGUUUGUGUUCACUCCGACAGCCAUUCGGUAUUGCGACGUUACUCAGAAGCGAGGAGAUUCGAUGCCCACGGUCAUCAGUGGCCUCAGUGACUUGCGCGUGCUCAAAACGACCCAGUCGGCGUUCGUGAACUUCGUCAACGAUGAGUACCGUUCGCUGCCGGAUCAGCACGAUCGCAUCUUCAGCACCGUGAUCCGUUCCUCCUGGCAGUUCUCGUCCGUAGCGGGAGUGGAUUUCGAUUUCUGCUGGAACAAGGUCAAGCAAUGCAUCCUGAACACCUUCGCUGGUGAAACCGAGAAGGGUAUCUUCUCGCCAAGUGUCCAGAAUACCCUGUACCUGGCGGAGAAGCUGGUGCUCGAAAGCAUCCCGGAAGUGUCCUCCAUCGAUAUGACCAUGCCCAACAAGCACUACUUCAAUUUUGACUUCAGCAAAUUCCCCAAGCUGGUGCAGGGAGAGGAACUGAAGGAGGAAACUGUGUUCUUGCCGGUGGACAAGCCUGCCGGAAUCAUCUAUGCACAGUUGGACCGCAAAAAGGUGACGAAGAGUAAGCUGUAGGUUUGUUAAGGGUGUUAGGCAUAUAAGGAAACUUAAGAAUCGAAUUAAUCUCGAAUAAAUUGUAUUAAAUUUUACACA